CUUCCCGUCCCUGGCUUCAGCGUCACGGGGAGUGCUCUCAACCCUGCGAACAGUUUUGUUUGGGAAUGCUGGUGUCUCUGUUGGUUACGUGUUUAACUUACAGCGAAAUCUUUAUUCGUCUCCCAGCAGCUCUCUGUAAGCGCGUUAUGUGAAGUACGUACGGCCACUAAGCAAAAUCAAGGCUCCUGCAAUUACAGGUAAUUUGCGACACGCCUACAGAUGUGAAGAGAGCUGCGGGAAGGUCAGAGGAUUGAAACAAGACAAUGGAUUGGGGAGCUCUGCAUACCAUUUUGGGAGGUGUAAAUAAGCACUCCACCAGUAUCGGGAAGAUAUGGCUCACAGUCCUCUUCAUCUUCCGUAUCAUGAUCCUGGUUGUGGCUGCAGAGAGAGUCUGGGGAGAUGAGCAAGAUGACUUUGUCUGCAACACGCUUCAGCCUGGCUGCAGAAAUGUUUGCUAUGAUCACUUUUUCCCCAUCUCUCACAUCAGACUCUGGGCCCUGCAGCUGAUCUUUGUCUCCACACCUGCGCUGCUGGUGGCCAUGCAUGUGGCUUACAGGAGGCAUGAGAAGAAAAGGCAGUUCAGAAAAGGAGACCAGAAAUGUGAAUUCAAGGACAUAGAGGAAAUCAGGAAACAGAGGUUUCGUAUUGAGGGCUCCUUGUGGUGGACGUACACCAGCAGCAUCUUUUUCAGACUGAUCUUCGAAGCCGUCUUCAUGUACGCGUUUUAUUUCAUGUACGAUGGGUUCCGAAUGCCUCGCUUAAUGAAGUGUAAUGCCUGGCCCUGCCCCAACACUGUAGACUGCUUUGUUUCCCGACCUACUGAAAAGACGGUGUUCACCAUUUUCAUGAUUGCCGUGUCCAGCAUUUGCAUUCUUUUAAAUGUGGCUGAAUUGUGUUACUUACUGACAAAGUUUUUCCUCAGAAGGUCUAAAAAAGCUGGAAAUUCAAAACAGCAACCCAACCAUGAGAAUAAGGAAGAAACCAAACAAAAUGAAAUGAAUGAGUUAAUAUCUGAUAGCUGCCAGAAUACAGUUAUAGGGUUUUCAAGUAGCUAAGGUGGUGUCAAUGCUGAUGUUCACUCUUUUUGGAGUGAAUGUUUUAUUUAAAGGCUGCAAAUGAAAUUUGUUGUAAGAAACAAAGUUGGGUGAGAUUUUGAUGCAUAGUGUCAGAUGUCGAGUAUGUACAUGUCUGGGAAAGUCAGGGCAGCCAGCCUAAGCAUGUGAAACUUGUGUGAGGAUUAAAUAGGAAGAUGCACUUUCCUAUGAGUACCCUUACAAGCUGACUAUGACAAGUGGGAAAGCCCACUGCUACCUUCAUGCUGACACAGCCCCUGAAAACUAAAUGCAACAGCAAUAAGAACAAAACUCUUUCCAAGCUAGGUAUUGUAGUAUUACAAGAUGUUUUGUAAUAGCGAUAGUUUUUACUUGUGAACUGAUGAUUAAAAUAUUUUUCUAAAAUCUAAGAUUCCAUAUGUUACUUAAGGUGUUAUAGUACACAACUGACUCUGUUUUAUUUCUUAACCAGGCAUAUGCAGACAAACCCUGUAAUAUCAUAUUCAUAGAGAAGAGACAGUAAUAGGCUACAUACAUCUUCACAGCUUUGCAAGUGCUGCUUGAGUGGGCAGGUAGCUGGAGGCGCUUGCAUACGUGCUGCUGGCUGUAGGGGAAUUGUAUGAAAGCCCACCAGUGUGGAUAAUUGAGGUAGCUAGAUUCUGAGUGCAAACUCAUGCCUAAAACCAGCACAAGAAUAUAGUUACAGCCUGUGUAGGCUUUUUUAAACAUCUAGCAGACCUGGUAAUCUUACCAAUCUCUUCAUUGCAUACUGCCAGUUUUAUAGCAACUUACUUGAGUUUAUGUAGAUGUUUAUUUCUCCAAUGUAUUAGCUGUAUUUGUUUCUUUAUACUGUAUCACAUCAUGGAACUUUUUUGGUUUUGAUUUGUUUGCUUUUUUUGUAGUAGACUGAUGGUGCUGUUACGAGACUAGAGUCUGUCUGGUUUCAAGGACAUGGAAAAGUAUUACUGGAAAUGGAGCAAGUCUUCUGAAUAAAAGGCAAACACUUUAACUGUU